AUGUUCCGAACACAUAAUCUCCACGACCGCCUCGACCAGAUUGACGGGGAGGUUCUGGCGGCUCGCCGCGCUGCGCUCGAGCGUGACGGCAUUUCCAACCCGCAAGCCUUUCUUGAGGGGAGCAAAGUGGGCUGCACCUCUCUGCUGCAGAACAUUCGCGUGCUUCUGCACGCCAGCCGCAGCCAACUGCCGACACCGGACAUGAUCGUGGCCGAGAUUGCCGAGACGGCGCGGUGCGACAGCAUCUACACGGAGCCAGAGCGCAUGCGCACUGUGCGGUCGCGCCUGCUCGAGCGACUGGGGCCAGACCUUUACAAGAAGUGCGCCACACCGGACGGCGAGGGGCUCAGCGAGGUGGAGGAGCGUCGCGUUGGUCACUGCAUCGCCCACUACGAGCACUUCAUCCGCACACAGGCACGGUCGAGCCUGCCUUUCGGCCCGUACGCGCUCGCGCUCAUGGCCGACUACGCGCUCCACAUCGGCCUGGCACUGACGGCGGGGGGGCUGGUCGCCAGCGCCCCCAACCUCAUACGGAACUCGCAGCGGUGGCACGCGGCCCGUGAGGCUCGUGCCAAGACCACCGAGGCCAAGCGAUCGAUGUCCGAGGUGGCCAAGCCCACCGAGACCAAGCGAUCGACGGUGUCCGCGGUGGCCAAGCCGGAGCAGCAAUCGCCGGCCACGCGGGACCCAUCAAGGCUUGCCGUGGGCCAUGUUCCCCACCCUUCAGCGAACCAACGAGCAAUCCGCCGAGCCGGGAAUCCCCGAGCAUGUGUGAAGCGCGCCUGCACGGCAGACAAGGCGAGGUCGAAUAUUGAAAACACCAUCAAGCAACGCGGCGGUUCCAAAGAGCCAGAACGGACAAUGGCCAACGUGUCUGGCGCGGCAAGGCCAGCCGUUUGGGUCGCGGUUGCGAGCCAGGCAGGCCGCAAUGGCUUCAUGGAUCUCUUCCUCCGAGCGCGGAGGCAGGCCGUGGUGGAGGCGCGAGACGCGGUCGUGGCGCAAGCGCUGCUCGGCUACGACCUGCGAAACGUGAUCGUCCAGCAGGAGACAGUAGUCCACCAGCCGGCCGGCACCUUGUGCCCUCAAUUUGAGAACUAA